AUGCAGAUGAAUCCGCUAAUACCAAGAUCAAAGUGGCGUUUCGAUGAGAGUGGUCUGUUGUCCAAGAAUUUGAUAUCGAAGAUGAAGGAAAAACAUACAAGGAGCAUCGAGUUGGUCAAGUUGCUGGAUGCAGAAUGUCUGCGACAGAAGGAGUGUACGUGUGAAGCGUUGUCUUCAUCCAUGGAGAUUCGCUGGAAUAUCAAGUCGAGGAACUGGCCCAUGCAGUUCGGCGCGCUCAUGCACUAG